GGCUCAGUGGGUGCAGGCACCGCGUCGCAGGGGGGCCAAAGCCAGGGCUCCGGCUCUCAAUCGGGCUCAGGAACUGGGUCCAACUCUGGCGGGUCUGGCGCCGCCGGCCCUUCUGUGACCCAGGGCGGUACGAGUGCAACUCCGGCCUCCGGAUCGACCUCUUCUGCGACGGCUUCAAGUGUGCUUACCGACAACGGCUUUGCUUCUACCGACUUCGGUGGACUGGCAGGAUCGAGCGCUUCCGGAAGCGGCGGUAGCGCCGGCGCUGGUGGAAACGGAAGCUCGUCCACUGCAGGUGGCCCCAACAGCAGUGGGAAUGGCGACGGGUCCGAGACCGGGUCGCGUCCGAGUUCCGUGCCGGGAAUUGUCGGCGGAAUUCUUGCUGUACUGGUCCUCCUCUUCGUGAUCCUUGCCCUGCUCCUCUACAAAUAUCGCCGUACUCGGCGUGUCCAGGCUUUCCUCACCAAGUUCACCCCUUUCAAGAUCUCGCCGUACUCGGACUCUGAAAGGAAGCGGUCAUCCAUGGGCGCUGGCUUACUAUUCACCGAUGGCCACCACGGGGACGUCUUGAUGAACGAGAAAAGGACCAGCAUCGGAUACGGCACCCUCCUACCCUCGCCCGUAACCCACCCGAGUCCGACUGCCGCCCGAGCCGAACGACCCGAUGUUCCUCCGCCGCUGGUCACAACGGUCCCCGCCCGGCGGCCCGAGAGCCCAAUGAGCCCCUUCGAAGUGUCUCCUAUGUCACCCGGCUUUCCACAGACUCCACCGCCGACGGUACCACGCCGCUCCAGCCAGGAUUCUGUCGGUGGAAUCAGCAUCGCCAGCAGCGGCGUCUUCUCGCCUUCCCUUCUUUCUUGGCCCAUGCCGCCCUCCGCUGCGCCCAGUGCCGGGACCUCGCCGCCUACUACUUCCCACGGCAAUGUCGCGGACCUGGCCGCGCGGUACAAACCUAUGACGCCCACGAAGCCCACGACGCCUAUGAAGCCGGUUGCCCCGCCUACGCCGUCGAACUGGAAGAAGCCGGCAGACUGGGAUUAGCGGGUUUGUUUGCUUCGGCCGGUUUAAAACCUCACGUCUCCUUCCCGUCCAGUGGCGCCCGAGCUGCGCCGUCGCAGGGUUGAAUGUCAUGAUAUGAGCAUGAGGUGUCGGGCGUCGUAGGGGGGAUGAUUCCUGUACAAGCACAUGACUGUGCAACUUUCCUUUCUCUAUGUUGUGCGACAGGCUCCGAUGACUCGAAGCAGCUGUCGUUGCUUGUUUGUUCUCCACCCAUUCUUGAAGGCGGCGGAACUGGGGUUUGAAAUCUAAAAUAAUACCAACCCUUGUCCCCAUAUACCCCCACGUCUCAAGUUAUAGACAGACACCCUAAUAAGCUUGUUAAUGCUUCCUGUAUAUACUUGAGAAAAUACCAGCUCCCUUCCAUUCGGGUUU